AUGACAUUUAGUGGCCACGCCGGCUGGGAGCCCAGGAGGGAAAAACUGUCGGUGGCCAAAGAUAGCAAAAGCCAGGGUUCAGCUAAAGUUUGCGAAGAUCCGGUAAACGAGGAGUUCACGAUCACGCCGAGCUGGAACAAAAAAAGAAGGCGAGGGGAAGCGCGGAAAUUUGGAGUGAUACACAGAGGGGGGCCAAGGGCCAAGAUGGGCAAGCCUGCUGUGGACCUCUGUGUCUCGAACCUACUAUCCACGCAUUCAUUUUGUUCUCGGCCAUUUGGCGCUUCUCGGAAGCAACAGGAAGCAAGAAACAGUAAGCAAGAAGCAGUAAGCAAGAAAGGGGAAACAAGAAGAAAGAAAAAGGUUGCUGCUUGA